AUGAAGAUUCUGGAUCCCCAAUGUGCAGUUCUAACGAAUUCCGAAGUCCUCUCUUUUAUGCGAUCUCAUCCACCACGAAAACCGGAUCCGCGAGUCGGUGGGUAUCCGGUGACAGACUUGAGAGGACUAUGGAGUGUGCAAAGAGAGUUUACAGACUACACUGAGACCAUAACACCCCACCUCCUCUCAUACCCAGAUCCUCCUUCAAAGUUUAUGAGAACGCUCCUUCAGCGACUCCAAAAAUUCAACCUAACUAAGCCGGAAGUCUUGGUGAUGAUCAAUCUAGGUGUGGGAGUAAAGAAAGCACCAGAAGCUAGACAAGAAGCUAUCGAGGUGCCGAACGAAGAAGAAGAAGAGAUGGUUGGGAACGGGGAUGGAGAUCUUUUAGAUAAAGUCGAGAGGCAUCUCGAUUCAGCGGAAGGUGCGGACAGGGCGCAAGCUGAGAAUCGAGCGGCAGGCCACGAGGAUGUCCAGAUGCAGGAUGAGCAGGAAGAAGACAAUUCAGACAUCACCGUCCUGAAUACGAUAGUCGAGGAAAUGUAUGAUCGUUUCACCGAUGCUGAUAUUAAGGAGAUCUUGCAGAUUUGUGGGGAGAUAUUAGGUGGUAGUGAGAACCCCUGA